AUGGCGAAUCAGGCAAAUUAUGAAGUUGCGGGUGGAAGCUCACCGGUUAUUGCUGAAGAAAAUGUUGAAAACCUCGAAUCUAGCUGUGCCAGUAGUACCUGUGGUGAUACAACAUCAUCAAAUUCAAGUGAAUGUGCUGGUGGUCGUGUUUCGAUUAACGAACAAUCAUUGAAUAACAACGAUUCGGCUGGUGGAGCUGAUCGGGUUAUUACUGGUGGUAGUAAUCACUCUGUGGAACAAGCUGAGUCAUGCUCUGCUCUUGUUUUACAUCCGAAUGCUGCAAACGGUAACUCUGCCGGUGAUGUUGGCGGUCCCACUACACGAGAAAAUUCUUUACGGGACAACCCCAGCAAUAUGCCUGCAUCUGCGGCUAGUAGUCCGUCAGAAUUAGUAGCGCCGGAACCGAUUAGUCGAGCUGUUCCAGCAAAUGGAGGUGGUACUACUGGUGGGACGCCCACAAAAGGUAGAAGAGAAUACGUGAGGAAACCGCUGAAGGAUUCUCAUGGUUAUUUAAAGGCUAGCUUAUCGGAGCAGAGACAGAGCAACGUAAUGAGAUCUGUAAUAAGGAAAAUCAAAGUGAGCGUUGCUUGUCAAACUGAUCCUGAUGAGGUUCACUUUCCGAAAUUAGCUUCACAGUGUUCAAGAGCUACUGCUGCUGCCCAAGCGGUCGUUCAAAGUAAAGCUUUAAAUUUCUGUUUAGGAGCUACAUCAGCUUCUGUAGCUACCGCAGAAACUAGCUGUGCGUCAUCAAGUACGUCUGAUGGCACAUUGCGUUUAAUGAUCCAGAAUUUUAAAAAUAUGUCGGACACCGUACGAGGGCCUGUAAAACCUAUUCAAAAUGUUCCCUGGCGUAUAAUGGUAAUGCCAAGGCAACAUGUUGUACAAAAAAAGGGGACCCAGAAAUGUUUAGGAUUUUUUCUGCAGUGUUGCCCCGAUGCUUAUUCUGACUCAUGGUCAUGUCAAGCUGCCGCAGAGCUAAAAUUGAUCUCGCAAAAGCAAGGCGUCCCAAAUUUUUCGAGGAAAACUAACCAUACGUACACUGCCAAAGAAAAUGAUUGGGGAUACUCAUGUUUCAUGACUUGGGCGGAUAUACUGGAUGAAAGCCAAGGUUACAUCAAGGACGACAAGGUGAUACUAGAAGUUGUCGUUAAAGCGGAGCCUCCUAAGAAUGUGUUAACACAUGAUCAGUUUGAAAAGAAGAUCCAGGACUAUAUGCGAUUAGCGGAGAUGCAGAGUAGUAGAGGGCUUAUAGACAAAGCAAUUGAAGUAAAUUUGAGUGCUUUGAAAUUUUGUAAAGACAGAGAUCAAGAGUGCAAGGCGGAAUUGGAAGCACAAAAAGCGAAGUUGAUCGAAAUGAAAGUAAAGCAGAGUAUUGAAAGGAUCGAAAAAGGUCCAGCAACUGGUAAGGGAGACGAAGAGAACUCCUUAAACCAGAGUACACUGAAAAUGGCAAUCUCGGGCACGCCAGCUAACUUGAAACAAGCAAGUCUGAAUAAAUCGAAAUCAUCAUCGACAACGAGGACGCGAGAUGCAAGUAAUCACGAGAAAAACGGCAAUGUUCAAACUCGGCCACACACUCCACCUGUACUUAAUAAGCCAACGUCUGAAAAUCAGCAUCAGCCAGAGAAUAUUAAAGAAACUCGUGUGGGCGCUCAAAUAGAAAAAACUUUGACGGCUUCUCAAGGGUUCACUACUGUUGAUAGAGUGGUUGGAAGCGAGCACGAAGUUCUGUCUCAGUCACCAUACCGUGCGCAGUGGAUUGAAGAGGCUCCUGGGAACGCUAGUAAUCAGAAUCAGCGACUUUUUGGAGAAGUCCUUGAGGAGUCUGUGCCUUUGGAGGAAGAUCGUCUUACUUACAUACAUGACUAUUCAAAUUCGGGAGAGAAUCGGAUUGUUACUGACAAGCAUAUUUUUUUAUCUGCUAAACAAAAUGAUCUUGUCCGAUCUUCGGCCAUUCUCCAAAAUGUUCCUACUGCAAAAAUAAGGGAAGAUAAGUCCAAAAUGAACGAUAUGAGUAAAAUUGCUGAAAAUGCAUACGAAGAAGAGUUGCGUCGGCAGAGUAUUAAACGCAUUGCCAAAGAGUCUAUUCGUGCAGCCCAAGCACAGCAGAAGAAAGAAGGCUUAGUCAAUACAAGUGAUAUGGAUCGGGAUAUCCAGUCACUGGGUAAACUAACUGAAGACCCUGAGGUAGUUCAGAGUGAGCAGUUCCAGCUCGGGGUCCUUGACUCAAGAUCCAGAAAAAUUAUGCAAAAACAGCGUCAGCUGGAAAAUGAUAAUAAGUUUUCAUCGUUAUCCGAUGGAAACUUAGUUGGUCCUGUGUGGAAGAGCAAAUCAUACAAAUCACUGAUGACGGGUCAUCUAGAGCCUUGGAAUUCAUUAAAUGACGAAAACCUUACUGCAGAUACGCGACAGAACUUUGAUUUCUCGACGGAGGAAGAAGAAGACGUUUCCUCACCUGCAAUAUCUUCUGAUGAGGAAACUGAGAAUAACGGGUCUCGUACGACCAUUACUGGCCCGUUGUCAAAAAAAAUGAAGCGGAUUGACGAACAGGACAGUUCCUUAGGGAUUCACGGGCAAGAAUGUGAUAACUGCUUCGAGGCAACUCAGGAAUUUACUCAUGAAACAUCUGAAGCUUACUGUCAGACUGAUUAUACCAUGCUAAAUGAAGGAAACAAAUUACUUAAAAUUGAUUCAAACCGUGUUAAUGGGCCCAGUACCAAUCCACCACGACAGUUUGCGCAGGCAAAAAAAACUGGGAGAAGAGCUGGUGAAACAGAAAAGGUUACGAAUGAAGAAACGGAGUGGAAAAACAAGCCCAUUGGGGAGUCAAAAGAUAAGGAUGCGACAUUGCAGAGGCGGAAAGAUGAGGUGAGUGCUGUUCAUGCGGAACGUGGGCAGAAUGAGAAUGGGAAGCGUGUUGAACCUCCUGCGGAACUUUCCAGGGAAAGUAUAGCACGUUUUACGUCACAGUUUGCUAAUACUGACCCAAAGGUUUUAGAAGAAGGGCAGCCGAAUGUUUGGUCAAGGCAGUAUAUAGAAGAGUGGUUGAAGUUUAACAUCAAAUACUGCUGGAAAUAUAUAAAAAGUGGUGAUGAGAACACCCAACCUGGCAGCGGUAGUGAAGACUUGGGAAUAGAUCUUUCUGGUGGGAAUAUUCCGCAUUUUAGUGAUUCGCAGGUACAGCAGGUGAUGGCGGCGCUUUCUGUUAUUGGCGUAAACUGUGUAAAUGCUAAAAGGGUAGUCGAUAAGGCAGCCGAAUUUAUCAGCACAUUAGAAUCUCGUUCGAAAAAUCCCUUUUUGCUCGAAUGCAUGUCGAAAUUAGCACUACUUGCUGGGGAAAGAGAGACCGAAGAACCAUCAAAGGAUUCAUUGAAAAAUGAAUCUCCGUUAGCAGCCUCGCGAGAUAUGUGUGAUGGUCAACAGUUGCUUAGCGCAGAUGAACAGCAACGUCAUGCUGCCUCUUUGUCUGAAGACAGCGAUGACUUAAAUACUGUUUUAUCUUCUAUGGACUGCCCCGAUGAUCAGCACGAUUAUAUGCUUAAUCGCGAAGUUGCUCGAAUAGGGAUGUUUGCUGACCAAGCUGUAAGCAAAAAUCCGUUAAUGGAAUUUUGCCAAGCCGAAAGACUUGCUGAUUAUGCUGAGAAAAUUGCUAACAAAAUGGCAACAUUGGAAUUUGAGAAGGAGAACUUGGUGAAACAGUUGAAUGUUGAGAGAGAAAGAGUGAAAAAAUUGGAGCAGAAGCAUGCUAAUUAUCAAAAACAGAUGCAAGCACAACUACAGUCUGAGAAAGAAAAACACGACAAAACUGUGCAACAGUUGAAUCAAAAAAAGGGCGAGUUUAAAAGAAUGGAGAAAACUCUGAAGCAACAUGAGGAGGAAAAGGCCGUAGAAGAUGUUGGGAAUGACGUAGAAGUCUGGGGCGCCAUAAGGGAGAGGUCGGUUCGUUCGUUUAGGAAAGAUUUGGAACGUGGUCGUGAACUUCAAGAGAAAGUUGAUUCUCACAACAGAGAAAUGCAAGAAUUACGCCAGAAACAUUCUGAGGAGGUACGGAAGUUGCAAAGAGAAUUGCAGUCUAACCAGGAUACCCGUCGUAAUUUGGCCGAAGAAAUUAAAAACCGUGAAUCUGAUGUUCAAGAACUUCGAGCGCAGCUUAACGAACGCAUCCAAGCACUGAAGCGUUCAGAGAAUGCUUUGUCGACGGAGCGUAAAUCGUUUCAAAAUAACUUGGCAGCUGCUAAUGAACGCGCCAAAAAGGCUGAAAUAACAUUACUAGAACACAGGUUGGAAGGAGGAAUAACGAUUCUUGAAAGGGCUCACAAGGACGCUGGUGCCAGGAUGAAAGAGCUUGAAGAUCAAAAGAAGAUAAGAGGCGCGCAUAGUGAUGAAAUUAAAGCUUUACUUUCGGAGUGGAAGCAAAAACGUGAGGAAAUUGUUAAUUUAAUUAACACUUCGAAAGCCGAUUUUCUCGCGCAGAUUGAACAAAUAAAAAAUGGCAAAACCUUGGCACAGCUACCAAAGCUGGCUGUGGCGAAGCCUCCACCGCCCCCAAAACCACCAACCAAGGUUGGACAUCAUUACACCGGUCAGACAGCUCCAUUGACAAAUUUGGAGAAAACGUCAUCUUCUCCUACACCGUCGAUUGGGGUUAUUGGCCAAAAUACACGAAAUACAACACCCUCAGCAGGGAUUAUUGGUAAUCCAUUGCCUAGUGGAAGCGCAGCACCUGGAUCUCCUGUUUUGCCAAUAUCUAAGGCUCCAGCUCCACCACCGGCUUUGGCUCCUCUGAAGACUACAGUCACGAGUACUCCUGCACCUAUCGGGUCUCGACCGACAAGUCACGCAAAUGGAACAUCUGAUUUUUCAAAUACUAGUUCUUCGUCUGGAGUAUCUUCUUCCCAGAGUAUAUCACAGCCCACUACAUCGACUGGGACAAGUACCACUGGAAUUGCACUUCCGGCUGCUUGGGAAAAUCCUUGGGAUCCGCCUCUUAUGAAUGACCUGCUCAACCGUUCCUUUGGUCCGAUCAGUGGCGAAUAUGGUUUAGGCAGCUCGAAUAAUUCUACCAACCAACUGUCACAGCCUCCUCCGGGUCUUUCUAAUUCUUCCAAUCAUUUUGGCCUCUCUCAGUCAAAUGGUUGGGGGUCGUCUUCCAGUUCUAACUGGCUUGGCUCUGUUUCGGGUGGUAUGAAUAACGGUUCAUUAUCUACCAAUCAUCAUUCACAAUAUGGCCAUAAUACUCAGCAUCAAAGCCAAGGCGGAUAUCAGUGGAAUGGUGGCUGGUCAGGAUAUCAUUCUUCGCAGCCCGGUGCCUCUGCAGAUAUUAACGUAUUACUGGAUAAUAACCGUAGUUCAUCGCCUCGUCGAGAUGUACUUUUUGAAGCUUUGCGCGCAAAUUUUCCACAAAUUCCGCUUGAGACUCUGAAGGACUACGUGAAUGAAUAUCUUGUCCGGAAUAACGUCGCUAAUACCAAGAAUUCUAGUGUACAAGAUAUCUUGCAAUUUGUGGCUCAAAUGGUUGCUCCAAAACAAAUAUGGAAUAAAACAAAUAUUCCUCCAAUGAUUCGCCAGCCUCCGCCAAAUGUCAUGGUUCAGUCUCCAAUUGGACUUCCUGGUUUGGAGCAGUAUCAAGCAUCACCUUCUCGUAUGCAUAAUCAGCAGGCCUCAGUACAUUCACACGUACUCAUGCCACAACAAAUGCGCGACGGAUUGGAAAACUGA